ACGGGUUUCUUCGAUAUCUUGGUUUGUGUGGAUCGUUAACAUACGUAUUAAGACAGCCAGUGUGGGUAUCGUGUCACAGUUGAACAUUCGGAGAUUAAUGGGCAUGUUGUCUUCUCAAGCCGAGGAUUUAAGUUACUGAGAUUACACAUAAGAUAUUACUGACAUCCAUUACGUGUUACCCUGAUCUGUGCACGAUGGAGGUGGAGGGUCAAAGGACGGUACCAAAUGAAAGUUCUAAAUCAGAAGACGCUCGGCCGAUUCCAACCGAGGCAGAGCUGUCUGGUCAGAAGACAAAGAAUAUCAAGAUGAAGCAGUACCUGUGUGUGAAGCACGCGUUACCCAACACGAGGCUGACGCACACCAUCCUCCACGAGAACGUGAGUCAGGACCGCCAUCUUGAGAUGAAGCUGUCAAAUAUCCGGCACACUAGAAACAAAUCGUCAAACAUUCAUGAUCUGACCAGACGAGCAUUUGAAGCUCAGCAGUCACGAAAGAUGAAGAAGUGGAAGAAAGAGGAUGAGAACCGAAUCGCGGGGAUGAACCUUCCCCAGAUCAACCAUCUCGACGUGGAGUCAGCGCCCCUCACCGUCGUCAUCUAUCGUAUGCCCGAACACGCCGAGCGUACGUGGAGCGGCGGCAGACGACAGCAACAGCUUCCAAUGAUGAAGGUGAGAAGGGAGAGGACGGAGAUUGUCACAUACCAGGAAAAAGCCUUUCUCACAAAACUACCGCCCGUUGUCGAAAUUGAUCAGAGAAAACUGGAAAAACACAAUACAUAUUGUGGAAAGGUCCUCUUGGGUAAAGGUAUGCCGGGCCAAGAUCAACGCUUCCAAGAACUCGCAUCCAUGCUAAGCCCGGCCAUGUUGAACGAUAGAGACAAAUACCCGGUCCAAAACAUGGUGAUGAAGAGCAGAAGAGCGAAGUAUGCUAAUAUUUUCCCGCUGAACUCUGACCCUGGGUUUCGUAGAUCCCCGGAUGUGAAAGUCAUCGUGGCUGCAAGACCAAGGUCUGUGGUCAGUAGCAAGCUGUCGGACAAAUCUUUCGGAAAAGGACCAAGAAUGUUCUCAUGCACCACGACGAAAAGGAAGAAGAAGAGCGCAAAAGCGAAAAGUGUCAGGAUAGGCGAAACUCAAACAUUCACAGGCUCGAGUGGUCUUUCAACGUAUUCAGGGGAGACAACUCUCGGUGACCAUGUUGAGGAGGACAACUCUGGCGAACCUGCUGUCUAGUCCUAGAAAAGGCAUUAUGUUGUCGCCCUUUAACCAGGUAAAUAUUGUGAUAUACGAAAACACUGUGAAGUUGGUUUGAAGAUACUGUUUCCAAGAGGUGGAGUGUUAACUGACUGAGAAACUUAAAUCGAAAAUGUGAGUUUUCAUCAGAUCUCGUCUAUUCAUGUAAUUCUUUGAUAUUGUUAUAAACCGUAGAAAUGAUACGUU